AUGGCAGACGACGACGAGGACUUUGAGCUGCAGGACGGCCUCGACGACCUCGACUGGACCGACCCCUCGCUCCUCGCUCAACUCGACGGCGCGACACAGGCUGGCGCAGCGCAGGGGCAGGGAUUGCAGGUCCCGAGGGCUUCUCAGAUACCGCCAAAGCCUGCACCGCCGCCAGUCGAGCCCCAGCGACUCGCUCAGCAGCAACAGCGACGACCUCUCGCUCCUCCCCCUCCAGGACCAUCUCAGUUCCCUCAGUCGACGCAAUUUCCGCUCGGAACGGCUAGACCAGGUGGGAUCCUGCGACCGCCGCAACCGCCGCCUCGGAAACGGGCGAGGGUCAACGGUCCUCCCGCUGCUCCCGCUCCUCAGGCCAAGGCAGUCCAGGAUGUCGACGAGGAUUUGCCUGAGAUUCGCGUCCUGGACGGCGGACAGCUCAAUGGGAAUGGGGCGACUACGGCGGGGACGAUCUACAGGACUGAGCCGGAGCGCGGGACGACUAUCGCCUUUCCUCCUCCCCCCGUUCCUCGUCCAGCCGCUCCUGCGCACCCUCCCGUCCAGCAUCAGCACCAUGCGGCAACCACUCGACAACCAUCCGUCCAGCCAGCCGUGCGACAACCCUCUGUUCCUCCGCCAGUGCCUCAACACCGUCCGCAAGUCGCGCUGAGCCAGCCUCAACCUCUCGCUCGAGCGGCUUCGGAAUCAGCGGCGGCAAUUCGGUCAAGGAGUCUCGGCUCGCAUGAUGCAGCGGGAGGAACCGGCAUGUCUGAAGUGGAGAAGCGUGAGCUGGAGGCGCUGAGGCGUGAAAAGGCGAAGCUUCAAGAGGCGCUUGACGCGGCGCGAAAGAUGGAGGAGGAGCUCAAGAAGCAGGUCAUGACCAAGUCUGGCGAGAACUCAAUCAUCCGCAACCGGCUGAGCAAGGCUGAGUCCGCCCACGCUCUCGCACUCAAGAAUGAGCAGCGCGACAAGGCUCAGCUGGCCGAGCAGCUCGAAGCGAAGGAGCGCGAGCACAAGCAAGCUCUCGAGCGCUUCAAGAUCGAGGAGGUCUUCCGCCGUCAGGAACUCGCGACUGCCGGCCCUUCCUCCGCGCAGAGUCAGCGACACUACCACCACCCGAACCAUCCGAAUCUCGGAAGCGCUCAAGCAGCGAGGUUCUACUCGCGUGGAGCGAGCGCGGCGCCAGGAGCUUCGCGAGAUGUGCCAGCCAGUCCAUCGCUACGCCGUUCGAGUCGCGCCGCCUCGGAGCGUCCUAACGGGGUCGCUCAGCCGAAGACGCCUGCGCCACCAGCCGGUCCGCCUCCGUCUACUUUCUCGAACUUCCAGAACUCGUUCACGGCUGGAUCGACUGCAGCAGCGGGCAAGAAGGGCAAGGCGCGGGACGGUGUGGAGCGUGAGGGCUCGAUGGGACCGCCGAAGCAGGCUGUGAGCGUGGGUGUGCGACGCGAAGCUGCGGUUACAACGCCGACGAAGCGGAGGAGACUCGACAACGGCGAGACGAGCGACCAAAUGCUCGUCGAGGAAGAUGGGCAGGACUUGGGCGGCUUCGAACAUGGCGAUUUGUCGAUGGUGCAGGAGGAGGACGAAGCGAUCGGCGGGCUUCAGUGGGAGUGGCUUGCCGAGCAGCGUGAUACGCGAUCGCAACUCGUCGCGGCGGUGUUCACGCACACCUCCCUUGCGCCGAUCGACACCGAGCCGGCGGAGGUGCUCACCAAACCCGGAACCGUCCCAACACGACCGGCAACAUACGCUGCAACGCACGCGAGCACGGCCCGAGCGACUUCCAGCGCCCGCAACGCCCACUCUUCGACAUUCGGCGGGCGAAGUUCUACGGCCGCGGCGACUGCAGCGCAGCAAGCGUCUGCCUCGCAAUCCUCUGGGCCUCAUCCGACUUUUCACGCACUCAUGAACCUCCGCUUCCCCUACUCAACUCCCGCCGCCCUCGCAGCCGAGUACGAGUCGAUCACCCGCGACCUCUUCACACUCCUCGGGCGUCGACUCGACCCUCACUCCUCGCCGUACUCUUCGUCUUCUUCUUCGUCGACCUCGUCGGUCCUCCCAACGUCAUUCAGCCUCGGCCGCGCUUACUCCCUCGACGGCGCGCACCCGAUGCUCGAGCCGCUCAUCCUCGCGUACGGCCUCGCCAGCCACUUCGCAUCUCUCUUGCAAGUGCUCGAGGCAGCGACACUGUCGGGACCGAUGACGGCGCUGUUGAAGCUGAUGGCGCAUCUCGCCUUCCUCUUCCCGACCUUCGCGCUCGCCUGUUGCGCGGUCACGCCUGCGCCGUCAAUGCGACCGAACGGUCACGCUGCAACGCAGCAGGUCCAACAGUCGCAGGCCCCCGUGCCACUCCUUGUCCUCCUCGGCCGCAUCAUCGCUCGCUACGGCCGUCCCGAACUGCCGUCCCGCGACUCUCUCCUCCCCCGCGGCUCAGGUCCUGCCGGCUCAACCCUCACGACUCGUCCCGCAGCGAUUCGCUCUCGCAAGGCUCGCGUCGCAAGAACCUCGUCUGCCUCGACAGCCGCCAAGGCGGAGGAUGAUGCGCAGGAGCGGGUGCAGCUGGAGAAGGGGAAGCGGGGUGCGCUGCUGGAGGCGGUGUUGGGAGUGCUCGAAGGUGUUGCUUGGAGGUGUCUCGCGGUACGGAAGGGCGAGGAAGUCGAGUUGGGCGUUGGUGAGGAGACGAGGUUGGCGGAGGAAAGCUUCAAGGCGUUCCUACAAACGCCGAACGCUGUGGCAACUCUUCUCGAUCCGAACCACCCGCUUCCCAUCUCGCUCGCGAGCGUUCGCUUGCUGGCAUCACUCGCGUGCCGACCGCCCCUCUUCCGUUCGAUCCUCGGCAUCAAGUUUUACGAGAUGGCCGAUGUGCGGUCAAGUCGCAUCCCGCUAGUCGACCGUCUCGCGACGUUGCUCGUCAUGCCUCGAACCGAUUCUAUCACCGCUUCCGCAUUCGACUCGACCAUACUCACGCUCGCCUCGAUCCUCCUCGCCUCGCACGACGACGCCAUCCGCCUCUUCGCACAGAGCGCCGCCUUCGUCCCCGAGCUACUCGCGAAAAUGUGGCCGGAUGUGCGGACUACCUGGGAGCACGACGGUCGAGAUAUCUCGGAGGGCGGAAAGCAGAGGGCGAUGCUGGACCGCACCGUUGCCCGCCUAUCGCGCCUCAUCCACCUCUUCUACUACCUCUCACUUGCCCCUCACUCCGUCCCGAUCGCCGAGCUUCUUGCCGGUCCUUCUACACUUGCCUCCACGACCUCCGCCGGCACCGCCCAAACGCCUCAGCAGGCCUACCAGCGCCAAGCGGUCAACGACCUCUUCAUGGCAUGUUUCGGCACCGUUGCGUUUGCCACGCUCGGUGGUGAGGCUGAGGACGAAGGGAGCACGGAAGGGGCGAUGCCGAGCUGGGCGGAGCAGGGGAGCGAGCAGCGGAGAGUGCUGGUCGAGCUCGGCUACUUGGCGCAGGAGAUCCUCGAGGACGUCUCGCCUGACGAGCUGGAGGAGAUCGAGGAAUGCUUCGGCCUAACGGACGCCGAGAAGGACCGCGAGGAGGAGGCGGGCGAAGAGGCGGACGUCCAAGCGAUGGCUCUCGAGACGUAG